GGACAUUCGUACCUUGUUUUAGUUCAUAGGUUAUAAAAUCUAUCAAAACUAUAAUUUGUUUACGCUCACUGCAGCUAUGUACUGUUUAAUUCUCUCCAAACAGACUUUCGGAUCAGGGAAUUUGAGUACUGCUUUAUACAUAAGAGAGAUCUUUGAACUAUAUUUAGAAGCUGAAUUUAUAAAAAUUGUUAACAUCAACUGUGAAAGUUCCUUAAAAGAUAUAGAAAACUUCAAUCAAUCAACCGCAAAUCCUAAGUUAGUGAUUGCUCUUCAUUUACGUCAGUGCUCGCGUCUUAUCAGUCAUUCAGUAAUGCACAAAGUAUCGAGCGACUAGAAAAAGUAUUUUCGACUUGUGUAUAAACUUGCGAACCAUGUAGGGCUUUUUCUAACAGUCCGCCGCCUAAACUGUUUCAACAGUUCAUUCGUCAUCUUAGUACCGUUUAAUAUUUAGAAACAAUUUCAGUAUACUUUAAAAAUGGAUGACGCACCUUGAUUUUUGAUUCUUUUAACCGAGUGCUUGACUUUAUAAAAAUCUCUGAGCUAUAUAGCUUAUUUAUUGCUUUAAUCUAGAGUAUCUACAUGUAUUUGAUUAAAGUGCCUCUCAAUAUGUUAGCACAAAAACGUGGAUUGUUCUUAUUAAUCUUACCAACGGAAAUCUUUUUAACAGUACAAUGUUUUUAAGCUGAUUCUAUAGAAAGUUCUACUGCCUCACGGUUAUAAAAAAGUUAUCUCACCUAAAAGAUCCUUCCAGCAUUUGUUAGUCUGAUGUGAAAUAAUUGGCUCCGAACUUUCAUAGUCUCUUUGCAUACAACUAUAUGUUUUUCAUCUCAAAAUGAAAAUAGGUAAGACACGUUUUGAAUCCCAAAUCAUUAUUUGGCAUUUUGCACCUGAUACUUAGAUCACUUGGCAAUCUUCCGCAUUAUAGCUGGGAAAGAUUUGGUUGACUCUGAUUAGUUGUACAACACUAUGUACUUUUAAAUCCAACUUUGUUAUCACUGUUUAAAUCUUCUUUGAGGUUGGGAUCUUUGUCACGCCUAUCAUUUGAUAGUAUAAAGCAGUGCAAUACACUCAAAAUAGUUUCAUCAGCUCCUCAGUAUUCAGAUAGCUGUAUCUAUCCUUUAAAUUUCUUUACACACCUUUUAGACGUUAUAGAACAGCAUAUGAUGUCCCUCAAGUCAUGAUCAUGAGUUAACCUAACUUACAGUGACUUUAUGAGAGACUUUACCAAGUUCUAAAACUUUUCUAACCAAAUACAUAAAUCUUAUUAUCAUCCUUAUUUCUGGGCAUUAAAUCAUUUUAGACGAUCAACCGACGAGAUUCUAUGUCCUAAUUAAUCAAAUCACAUGCCCAAUAAUGUUGAAUGGAAUUAUACUAAAAGAUCAUCAGUGGUUAUGACUUUAAUUUUUUUGCGACGCCAAAAUGUUUGGUCAAGGCUAUCCAAUGCAUAUUAAUUUUAACUAGGGAAAAGUAGAAAUCAAUAAGUCGUCAAAAAUAAUUGUUAAUCGUGCUUAUAAAUAUUUGUAAAAGAUAUAAGAGCAGUUUUGUGAACAUUUAAAAACUGUAGAUCAUUUCUAUCCCUACAUAAACAGUAGAAAAAAAGCGAAAUGUGUUACACAAGAUAAAAGUUCCUUGAAGGGUAAUUACCCAAAGCUAUACUGAGUAUGUAAUUAGAAGUCAAACUUAUGUUCAAAGUAUCCCUAAACCGUUUCUUAACGCACCUCAAAAGGCAGUCCAAAACUUGAUGGCUCUAAUAAAGUGGACUAAAAUGCCGUCAAGAUCUUACAUUCAUUGAAAUAUGGGACGAAUAAUACAUGACCGAGUGUUAUACAUAACUCUUUCAACAACCCAUAAUAAUAUUAUUCAAUCGGAUAAGUCUGUUAAACUCAGGUCUAAAGUUUUACAAUGUUACAUUGUUUGCUUUUAAUAUUGGACGGUAAUUUAGUGAUUGUUGGUUUAUUGAAUUUCUAACAGUCAGUAAGCCGGAGCAUUGAAAUCUCGAAAAAGGCCAAAAUUAGUAGUGCUGUUUGUUUUGCAUAUGUAAACUAAUCGUACAUACUUUGGAUAACUGGCAAAAGGCUUGCCAAUAAGAUACUCAUUUUUACUAAAAAUCUAGACUAUUUUAUUUAUUAUUUUACACUCAUUUUAUUCAUUCUGGACAGCUUUGUAAAUUUUUCGAAUUUCUUAUUCCAUAAGGUUGUUAAGAAGGUUAUAUAUAUAAGCAUGGACAUACGAUACUUACUAAUCGUUUUGAUAAUUAUCAAAUUAAAGUUGGAUGCUGAUUGCAAGACUUGUGAAUUUGGUGUGAGUUCAGCCUACUUAUUGGUUGGUUGUAAGUUAUUCGUAAGACAGCCUUAAAAAAAUCAUCUGUAAGCAUUUUCUGGAUACAAAAGAUUUUCAUCAAGACACAUGUUAGCUACCGGAGAUCGCGUUGGCUUACUUGAUCGUUUAGUUAGUGCAUUCUCUUAUCUCACUCUUUAAUCUCAUGAAACGUUUCUACAUUUAAUCAACCACAGAGUAGUGGUCAGUACCACAUUAUUUUAUAUUUUCAGUGCUGAACAAAUUUUAUUGACAUUGUUGCAAUAUGUUUACUAGUCUAAGUAACCUAUCACAGAGUAGACUAUAUUUAAAUGUUAAGUGAUAAGUUGCAGUUGACAGGAAGUAGUAGACAAAGGUUUUAGUCAGUCAUGCCUCGAAUAGCACAGUGGUAAAAUUUCAGAUUGUGAAGGUAUUUGGGGCAACCUCAAGUCUACUAUUGAGCAUCAGCUCACACAAGGUUAAAAAUAUUCGCUGCUGAAGACGAUUCUUAGUCACAUCCCGAUUUCCAUAGGCCUUAAUUCAAAAAAUGAUGCAUAAAGGCAUUCUUGUCGUCUUGCUUUAAACUGGUCAAUUUAACAAUUAAUAACUAAAAUUAUGUCAACCAUAACAAGCCUAAAAUCUAAGCCGAAAAAUAAGUAUGGUUAAAAAGAUACUGCAUUUGGAAAAUCUGGAUCAUAUACAAUAGGUUCAGUUAUUAGUGGCUUCUGUAGAAACCCCAAAUUAAAACAGAUUUCCAAAGAGGAGCAAGAAUAUAAGCUGAUUUCGAUCUUUUAUAAACUACAAUUUAGUGUCAAAUUUCAGGCAACAUGUAUAAUAUCCCUGUUUUGUAAUCUGGCUUUGACCGAAAUACAGAAACACUAGUAAAUUAUUUUGUGGUUUUGAGUGCCUCGGUAGUUGAGUUUAUUAUUUUAGAAAACUCAUCAUUGGUGUUUCUUAUUUUCAGACCUACACUAGUUAUUGAAUAUUAUUUGUAUAUGAUGGAAGAUGACAAAUUUUCACCAUACAUGUGGUUAUAUUUUAUAUUGGUGAAGCAAGAAUAAUUAAAAUAAUUAUUCAUAUGUUAUUCGUAAUUCGUUUUACUUUUGUCAUUGUUUUGAAGUGCUAGACAAAAGUAUACCUGUCCUUUCAAUUUGCACCGGGACUGAUGUAUAUAUGGAUAGAACUCAUGAGGUAUAUCUGAAGCUGAUGACAUAUUUAGUUGACCGAAGUUUUGCAGUUGUUUUGCUUAACCAACCAAUGUUGAAGCAGUUUAAAGAAACUUGGCCUGAUUAUCCUGGUCAGCUGCAAGUCAUACACCAAGCAAUACGGGUUGACAUUGAGGACGCAAAUCACUUUAAAAAGGACAUUCUGACGGCAGUCGAAUCUAAACUAGGAGUAAGGUUGCAGCCGUUCUUCGUCGUUGUUGGCCUUUUGAGAGAUGUAAAAGAUCCAAUGUUCGCACUUCAAGCAUUCCUAGAAUGGAGAAAUCAAGGUGAAAGAGAGAAUAGCAAUUCGAAAGUGACUUCAACUAUUAAUCAUAAAUCUUAUAAUCUUUUAUACGUUGGAUCAGUUGAAGAAGAUACAGAAAAUAUACAACAAUUUAUUGACGAAAUAGAUGGAAAAAUUGUACAUCGAUGUGAUUCAUUAACACAAAAAGAAGUGCAUUCAUUAAUCCUUAGCUCCCAAGCGCUGAUCAAUUGUUCAAUAAGUGAAGGUCAGUCAUUGGCUGUAAUGGAGGCUAUGUCUCUUGGAGUUCCGGUUGUGGUGAGAGAAAAUCUAGGCAACUGUGAUCUUAUCAAAGAUAGAAAGAAUGGAUUGGUAUUCAGAACAUCCAAGGAGCUGGGAGAAUGUCUAACCUAUCUAGAAGAAAAUCCUGAUAUAAGGAAACAAAUUAUUUUCGCAGCCGAAGAGUUUAUUGGAGGCAAAGAAUUCCAAAGAGGAUAUCAGGCGAAAUUAUAUUCACAUAUAAUCCAACAUAUACAUUCUAGUGUAUGAUCAACCUAUACAGCAGUCGAGAGCAUAACAAACAAAAUCAGUGACAACAUUUUUUCUAUAAAUUUCAUUUUGAAUGAUAAUCAAAAGCAUAUAUUUCCAAUUAGAAAGUAAUAAUAAAGUUUUUCACUGAAGUGUUAUUCACUAUAAUAUAAAAU